GAAAUGGCCACUCUUGAAGAUGGAACCUCCGAAGAUCGCGUCGCAAAUGAUGAAUACAAAAUUUGGAAAAAGAACACCCCGUUCUUGUACGAUCUCGUAAUGACACAUGCGCUUGAGUGGCCUUCACUCAGUGUUCAAUGGCUCCCAGACGUUGCGAAGGAUAACAGCGACCAUACUAUUCAUCGGCUCAUUCUUGGAACUCAUACUUCAGAUGAGCAGAAUCACUUGCUUAUUUCUAAGAUCUGUAUGCCAACGGAUGAUGCCCAAUUUGAUGCAUCUCGCUACGAUACCGAGCGCAGUGAAUACGGUGGUUUCGGAGCUGUUAACGGAAAAGUGGAACCCGAUAUUCGCAUUAACCACGAAGGGGAGGUUAACAGAGCUCGUUACAUGCCUCAAAAGUCGAAUAUCAUUGCUACAAAGUCUCCACAUGCUGAUGUUUACAUUUUCGACUAUUUAAAGCACUCUGCUGUUCCUCGUGAUAACACGUUCAAUCCGCUUAUCAGACUGAAAGGACACACGAAGGAAGGCUAUGGAUUAUCAUGGAAUCCAAACAAAGAAGGUUUGAUUCUAUCAGCGUCAGAUGAUCAGACAGUUUGUCAUUGGGAUAUCAACGCAAAUCAGAAUGUUGCCGGGGAAUUGCAAGCGAAGGAUGUUUUCAAAGGUCACGAGUCAGUCGUUGAAGAUGUUGCUUGGCACGUUUUGCAUGAUGGUGUCUUCGGAUCGGUUGGUGACGAUAAGAAAUUGCUCAUUUGGGAUGUGCGCACAAGCACUCCUGGACACUGUAUCGAUGCUCAUUCUGCCGAAGUUAACUGUCUCGCAUUCAAUCCAUAUUCCGAAUUCAUUCUGGCCACCGGAUCAGCUGAUAAAACUGUCGCUCUUUGGGAUCUACGUAAUCUACGAAUGAAACUUCACUCAUUUGAAUCACAUCGUGAUGAAAUCUUCCAAGUUCAGUGGAGUCCACACAACGAGACUAUUCUUGCAUCCAGCGGUACUGAUAAACGUCUUCAUGUGUGGGACCUAUCUAAGAUUGGAGAAGACCAAUCUGCCGAAGACGCGGAAGAUGGUCCACCAGAGCUGUUGUUUAUUCACGGUGGGCACACCGCCAAGAUCAGCGAUUUCUCGUGGAACCCGAACGAGCCUUGGGUUGUGUGCAGUGUGUCAGAAGACAAUAUUCUCCAAGUGUGGCAAAUGGCUGAUAACAUAUACAACGAAGUUGACGAAGAAACUCCAGCCGAUGUGGUAGAGAGACAACAGUAAAAUACGUGAAACGCGCUUAAAUUAUUUGUAUUUAACUUCUAUCCUUCUUUAAUUUUGCAUCUCAACAAAUUGUUCAUCUUACCAUUUAUUCAAACGCAUAUUCUUCACCAACUAAGUUUUUAAAGUUAAAAUGUUACCUUGAGAUAUGAUCAUAUUUUGUUGAACCUGAAAUAAAUUCGAUGACCAUUGUCAGAUAACUGUUUUGAA